AUGUCCAAUUCAGAGGCAGAACACCUAUCACCUGAACAGACUUUCUGGCAGUUUGUUCCUGUGCCUCCGUUGCUUACAGUUGUUACAAUGAGAAGAACUGCAGCUUUGAAAUCUGUGAGAGUAUUAUUGUCUGUACAGACAAGAGAUCUAUAUUUUAGGAAACAGUACUCUUCCUUACAUGAUGCAAGACAGAGAGAAUUAAUGGCAAAAGGACUUCCCAAAAGAAAGGCAAUACCAGGUGUGAAGCAAAUUCUCGUUGUAGCUUCAGGCAAGGGUGGUGUCGGCAAGUCUACAGUUGCUGUUAACAUUGCUGUUGGGAUGAAAUGUGUGGAACCACAGAAGGAGGUUGCCUUGCUGGAUGCUGACGUACAUGGACCUUCAGUGCCUUUGAUGAUGAACUUGCAUGAACGACCACUAUUGACAGAAGAUGGUUAUUUCAUACCUCUCAUGAACCAUGGUGUCAAAUGUAUGUCAUCUGGUUUCUUGGCAGAUGAAAAGUCACCUUUUGUGUGGCGGGGCCCGAUGGUUAUGAGUGCCAUACAGCGUUUGCUUCGUGGUGUUGCGUGGGGUUCGGUAGAUUAUCUUAUUAUUGAUACACCACCUGGCACUGGUGAUGCACAUCUAUCACUGAUUCAGAAUGUACCGGUUUCUGGUGUUGUCUUGGUGACUACACCUCAGACUGCUGCUGUGCAGGUGACAGAGAGGGGUGCUCAGUUGUUUAAGAAACUUGAAGUGCCAAUAUGUGGUAUUGUUGAGAAUAUGGCAUCAGUUGUUUGUACAAAUUGUCACUCCCAUGUUCCACUCUGGGGUAGAAAUAACAAAGCUGCAGAAGUGGCAAGUGAUCUUGGAACUGAAUUGCUUUGCAGUGUGCCCUUGUCACCUUCGAUAGCAGAAUGUACAGACUUUGGUGCACCCAUUGUCAUUAGUCACCCUGACAGUGAACAAGGUUCUAUUUUCAUUAUGUUGGCCAAGAAGAUCUCAGCUUUCCUCAGUACAUCUGAACAUAUACAAGAAUAA